AUGCGAGGCCUGCGGUUGCUUCGGCUGCCGUGGGUACAGCGUGCCAAUGCUGCUGCGUUGAGUUUUGGUCCACCAGACGCCUUAGGCAACACUUACGCCAACAGCCGUCGUGUGGCGUCUGCUAUGCUGAGGCGGACCUUGGAUGUGAGGCGCCGCAUCCUGAUGUCGAUGAUGGCUGGCGCCCGCCGAGUACGGUUGCUGGACCACGUCCAUGGUGGGCUACUCUCCAGCCUACUGCCCGGUCUUCCGUUGCCCCACCCAUGUCACUGCCUUUGCCGCCGUACGUUUGUCAUUUUGCCAGGGCAUGUCGGGAUUGGGACUUUGAGAAAAUUAGGCAAUUUUCAGGAGCCACCUUAG